AUGUGGUGUCUCCUCGUGCUGCUGUGUUCCCAAGCCAUUGCCUUUUCAGCAGGAUUCACAGCACUCCAUGCUCUGAAAUCAGAGGAAGGGCUGCACAGGAAGCAACGCAACCCUGAAGACCUCAUGAACGUUACUGAAAUGAUCAGAUAUCAUGGAUACCCCAGUGAAAUGUAUGAAGUUACUACAGAGGAUGGAUACAUACUCGGUGUUUUCAGAAUUCCCAAUGGGAGGAACAUGCAAAACACAGGGCAAAAGCCAGCAGUCUUGCUGCACCACGGUACUUUUGCAGACUGUACUUACUGGAUUGCUAACCUGCCCAACAACAGUCUUGGCUUCAUCCUUGCAGAUGCUGGCUAUGAUGUUUGGCUGGGAAACAGCCGAGGAAACACCUGGUCUUUAAAACACAAGACUCUUAAAACAUGCCAGAAAGAGUUCUGGCAGUUCAGCUUCGAUGAGAUAGGUAAAUACGAUCUCCCGGCUGAGCUGUACUUCAUCAUGAAUAAAACUGGACAGAAGAAUGUAUAUUAUGUUAGUCACUCAGAAGGUUCAACUGCAGGCUUUAUAGCACUUUCUACUUAUCCAGAGUUGGCACAAAGGGUGAAAAUGUUCUUUGCUUUAGGACCAGUACUCACUAUCACACACGCUACCAGUCCCUUUGUAACAUUUGCACGUCUUCCUCAGCCAGUGAUCCAUUUGGUCCUUGGUUACAAAGGAGCUCUUCACCAGAAUGAACUGCUGAGAAGGCUUGCAAUACAGCUGUGCACACCUCUGCAAAAAGUUUGUGCCAAUAUCCUCUACUCCAUAGCCGGCGGCAGAGCGCAAAACCUGAACACGAGUCGAAUAGAUGUAUACGUAGGACAUUACCCAGCUGGAACAUCAGUACAGAAUAUAAUACAUUGGCAUCAGCUAUCCCAUACAGACAGAUUCCAGGCUUACGACUACGGCUCACGGAUAAACAUGCAGAAGUACAACCAGCCUACUCCUCCUGCAUACGAGAUAGAGAAGAUAAGCACGCCCAUUGCCGUUUGGAGCGGUGGACAAGACAAAUUUGCAGAUCCCAAGGACAUAACAAAGCUACUUUCUAGGAUUAAUAAUCUCUAUUACCAUGAGAAUUUUCCUUUCUGGGGACAUCUUGAUUUUGUAUGGGGCCUUGAUGCAGCUGAGAAAAUGUAUAUGAAAAUUGCUGAACUAAUUAGAAAACAGCCUUAA